AUGCUGCGGCUGCUAAGUUUCCUCCUGUUUGUGGCCCUUGCCUCGGGCUGUGGCAGACCUUUCUACAACCCUUUAGCUCGCGUGGUCAAUGGUGAGGAUGCGGUGCCCUACAGCUGGCCCUGGCAGAUCUCCCUGCAGUAUGAGAAGAAUGGGACCUUUUAUCACACCUGCGGAGGCAGCCUCAUCGCCCCCGACUGGGUCUUGACUGCGGGCCACUGUGUCUCGAGCUCCCUGACCUACCAGGUGGUGUUGGGCGAGUAUAACCGGGCCGAGGAGGAAGGCCCUGAGCAGGUGAUCCCCAUCAACGCUGAAGACCUCUUUGUGCACCCACGCUGGAACUCCAACUGUGUGGCCUGUGGCAAUGACAUCGCCCUCAUCAAGCUGUCACGCAGUGCCCAGCUGGGAGACGAAGUCCAGCUUGCCUGCCUCCCUCCUGCCGGCGACAUCCUGCCCAACGAGACACCCUGCUACAUCAGUGGCUGGGGCCGCCUCUAUACUGGUGGACCGCUCCCAGACAAGCUGCAGCAGGCCCUGCUGCCCGUAGUGGACUACGAGCACUGCUCCAGUUUGGACUGGUGGGGCUUCUCCGUGAGGACGACCAUGGUGUGUGCAGGAGGGGAUACCCAGUCUGGCUGCAAUGGUGACUCCGGGGGACCCCUCAACUGCCCCGCUGCAGAUGGCAGCUGGCAGGUCCACGGUGUGACCAGCUUCGUUUCUUCUCGUGGCUGCAACACCCUGAAGAAGCCCACGGUGUUCACCCGAGUGUCAGCUUUCGAGGACUGGAUCAAUGAGGUGAAGAGAUGGAUAAGUGGGAGGGCUCUGAGGCACAGGCUCUUCCUGGAGGUGCUGGGGCGAUGGGUGAGGGAUGGCAGAGCCUGAGGAGGGACAGGGGGGACGCUGGAAGGUCAGUGGUGGAGGGGCCCUUGGGUUUGGGUCUGUUUUCUGCUGCAAUGUAGCCCCCUGGUCUUGAUGAAGGAACCCUGGUGGGGCAGUGCAUAAGACUCGGGUGCUAAUUGGAAGGUCAGCAAUUUGAAGCUACCACCUGCCCUGAGGCAGAAAAGACCUGGCAAUCCGCUCCCAUAAAGAUUUCAGCCUAGGAAACCCUACUGGUAAUUUUACUCUGUCCUAUAAGGUCAC